AUCUCCAUAUCGUCUCCCGCAAACGUAAAAAGAAAGCAGAGUUCACUCAUUCGUAAAUCUGUAUUAAAUUUAUGAAAGUGAUGGAAAUGAAGCUCAGCCACAGACAAGGACGACCUCUUUCUCUCCCUAAUCAGACCUCAACUUUCCCUUCUCACAGUUUCCAUUUCAAGAGGCAUUUGAGAGGUCUUGCAAAGAAGUGGAGAAUUCAGCUUCAUGAAGUAGCAAAUGGGCUCAAUCACAAGCACUUGUUGGGUCAUGUGGUCAAAGGGGGUGAAACUUUGACGUCGAUUUUGAAGCAAUAUGGAGCGUCUGUAUAUUCAAUGACUGCAGCAAAUAAGAGUAUUGUGGAUGUUGAUAAUGUAUUUGAAGGGCAGCACCCUAAAAUUCCUUCUGCCAGGAAAGAAGUGCAACUGACUAAAAAGGAUACUUUGUCCACUGUCAAUCUCACAGAGACUCAUCAAACUUCCCUGAAUAUCUUCGAUGGACUUUUGGGCAAAAAGAACCUCACCAUGCAAAUUUCCCAUAGUUUGCCACAUGCUUAUCCAUUCUAUUAUCAGGCAAAAACUACUGCUUAUUUUCUAGUUCUGGUUCCUCUUAUAGCAUUUUGCAUCAGAUGCAUAAUUGGUUCCUUUGACACUAGAAUUUCUGGAAAAUUGAAACUCAAAGCUGUGAAUGCAUCCAAGGGACAUCAUCAUGGGUCCAAAAGCAUGCGGUGGAAGUCUGCUCUCAGAGACAUAAUGGAAGCAGAUAAUUCGGAUUCUGAAACAAGACCAGAGUUGAGUGAUCCGGCAGAAGAUAAAACUCAAACUUCUUUUGAAGAUAUUUCUCAUGCUUACGGCAAACUAGAAAAUGAUUAUGAAAAAUUUCUUGCUGAAUGUGGAAUGAGUCAGUGGGGAUACUGGCGAGGAGGUUCUCCCGAAUAAAGUGGGUUGUCAUGCAAACUUAAAACAUUACACAACAAUUUUGAUGUCGAUUUUUGGUGCUCUUGUGCAUACCCAGUGUUGAAUAACUUGAUCAUAUGUUACAUUGCUUCAAGGUCUUAGGAUAUGUAGAAUGUAAAUUGUGUCAAGGUGAAGACAUCACAAGUAGGUCAUUGUACAUAUGAUAUAUCUUCAAGUUAUUGAUUUACUUCUGAUGUGAUUUGUAUCAAGGGAAUCACACAAGUAUUGUUUA